AUGUCGAAGGUUGUCAAAUCAAACGAGGUCAAAGUGCUGGUGGACUCGUUCAUCUCGAAGUUGAAGAGACGCCAAAUCACUGGUUCAUAUGGCGUUGCUCUGGAAACGGCGCAUUUGCUAAUGCGAGUGAUAUCGUUCUCGAGGUGGCAUAGUGCGGAUGAGUUGAUUCUUCAGAUAAGAGCUGUGGGAAACCAGCUGAUCAAGGCUCAACCAAGAGAGUUUUCGUGUGGUAACAUUGUCAGGCGGGUGCUUGCUCUCAUCCGUGACGAGAUCACAGAAUCGAACCCGAACCAGGCACAUAUGGUGACGUCGAUGUUUGAGCUUUUGAGUACGAAUAAGGACCUGGCAAGGAAGUCUGCUCCUUUGAUGCACAAAUCACACAGCCAGGAUUUGCGUUCUGUGAUUAUCCAGGGUAUAAGAGAACUGGUGGACGAAAUAACCUCUGUUCACGAGAAUAUAGAACUGAUGUCUGUGGAUCUCAUUCACGACAAUGAGGUGUUGCUGACACCCACGCCAGGAUCCGAGACUGUACUGAAUUUUCUUUUAAAGGCCAGGUUGAAGAGGAAGUUUACAGUACUAGUCACCGAGAACUUCCCCAACGAUACCGAGCAGUCGCAUAAAUUCGCAAAGACCCUUGCUGAGGCCGAUAUUGAGACUGUCAUCAUUCCAGAUUCCACAGUGUAUGCUGUGAUGUCCAGAGUCGGAAAAGUGAUAAUAGGUGCCAGAUCAGUGUUCGCCAAUGGUGGCUGCGUCACCAGUGCUGGUGUAGCUACUGUCUGUGAAUGUGCCAAAGAACAUAGGACUCCGGUGUUUACUGUGGCAGGGUUGUUCAAGCUUUCGCCUACGUAUCCAUUUGACAGAGACAGUCUGAUCGAGGUCGGAAACUCAGGCAAGGUGCUUCCAUACGAGGACAGCGCUUUGGUGGGCAAGUGCGAGGUGACCAACCCUCUUUACGACUACGUUAUGCCAGAGCAUAUUGACAUAUAUAUUACCAAUGUAGGUGGCUUUUCCCCAAAUUUCAUAUAUCGCAUAGUUCAGGAUAACUACAAGAACGAGGAUGUGAAUUUGGAGGAUCCACAAUAA